AUCCCUCGGCGCCUCCGGUGACCUCCUCCUCGGCGGUGACGCCGGACGCCGUUCCUCCCAAACCAAAGAAGCCGCGGGGCCUGGAGCUGCCCUCCUCCCCCUCCCUCCCCCCCGGCCUCUCCCUGGAUAAGGUGAAUGCAGCUGUUAACAGUUUAUUGGCUCCUGGUUCAGCGACCAACUCGCUCACCCAGACUGUCAUCACCUCCCAUGCUCUGACUCCGUCCUGCUGACUCCGAAGUCCUCUUCCCUCCACCAUCCACUUCUGGAGCACGCUGAGUCCCAUCGCGCCUCGCUCCCCGGCCAAACUCUCCUUCCAGUUUCCCACAAACGGCAGUAACCAGAUCCACAUCCCGGCUCUGAGCGUGGACGGCCUCUCCACCCCAGUGGUUCUCUCCCCGGCCCCCAGAAACCCUGAGCCCCCC